AUGACUAUUCGAGAGUGUCAUGGUGAUAUGCAGCGAGGAAACAAUAAUUCUUCUGCAUACAACUUUGACUACUAUGAAGACACUGUCCAAACCAUGCAACAGCCUCAGCCUACUUAUCAAGCUAUGCCUAUGUAUGGGAUGCCUGUGGAACAACCUUUUGAUACCAGAUACCAAUCACAUGCAGAAAACAAUGUGGAAACGUCACUGAUGCGUAAGCCGUCGAAACGUCAAAGACAACGUGGUCGUACAUCAUCGAAUGUCUUCUCGGAAGUUGAGGUCCCUAAGGGGCAGGAGAUUGAGGAAGGUGGUGAUGAUGCUGCCCUUCAAGAAGCGACCAAGCUGCGUCGCGGUGGAAGAGUCGUACAGUUUGCGCAAGAACAGGAUGUUGAAACAAUAGAAUUUUGA